GUUGACUGUGUCAUGUAUUAUGAGAUAGAGGGAGUAAAAAAAUUUCAAGUUAGAGUAUUUUUUUUCAUGGAAAGCUUGUAGCCCCUCAACUUAACAGGCUAUUGAAACAAACAAUGGAUCAAAACAAACUUAAGCCCAUGGGCCUCCAUAUCAAAUCCUUUCCUUCAAACUUUAAAAAAAUGUGAAAAUAUAAUAAAUGAGACCCCACAAAAUUCAGUUGAGACUCAAAAAAAAAAAAAAAAAAAAUAAAUAAAUAAUCUUAAACUCAGAGUUUCUUCCUGCUCCCCAAACCAAAAUUCCAAUCUCUACUUCUUCCCACCUUUCCCACAAAUUUAUCGGGUUUCAUCACUGCAACACAAAGUAGUCCAACUAACUCACCAAUACCAACACUAACACUAUUACAAUGUCGUCGUGCAUUCCUACAGCAGCCGUCGCUGUUGUCGCCGAUAAAUCCGCCAUUAACACCACCACCCCUUCUUCACUCUCUCUCCUCGCCCGCCGUCGUCAACUUCUCUCUCCUUCCAAUGCUGCUUUUUCUCUCUCCUCUAAACCCGAGCUUCGUCUUUUUUCCAAGAGUUCCCAAUCUGUUAUCACACAUUCUGUUGCAGCUAAGGCCCAAUUGAACAAUGCUAGCAGAGGUGAAGCUUCAAGUAAAUCUGAAGCUUCUGCAAAGGAGACAAAGAAUGGCAAGCCAUCAAGUGAGUCUAUUUCAACACCAGUGCCUACAGAGGAAUCUAUAUCUGAAUUUAUCACCCAAGUUGCUGGUCUUAUCAAGCUUGUAGACUCAAGAGACAUUGUGGAGUUGCAGAUGAAGCAACAUGACUGUGAACUAUUGAUUCGUAAAACGGAAGCCAUUUCACAACCAUCACCCCCUCCUAUGUAUAUGAUGCAGGCACCUUCUACACCUACUGCACCACCACAAGCUAGCCCACCUGCUUCUUUGGCAGUAGCCACCCCUGCACCCACAACGUCCCCAGCACCUGCUCCACCAGCUGCCAAGCCAGCCAAGUCAUCAGUUCCUCCCCUAAAGAGCCCUAUGUCUGGGACAUUUUAUCGAAGUCCUGCACCUAAUUCCCCACCAUUUGUAAAGGUUGGAGACAAAGUGCAGAAAGGACAGGUUGUAUGUAUUAUUGAAGCCAUGAAGUUAAUGAACGAAAUUGAAGCUGAUCAAGCCGGGACAGUUGUCGAAGUUGUAGCAGAAGAUGGGAAACCCGUCAGCUUAGACACACCUCUAUUUGUCAUUCAGCCGUAGAUAACGCUAACCAGCCGUACAGCGUCUGUAUGAUUAUUGGUUAAACACUCUUUUAAACUGGUAGACGAAAAAAAUUUCUAAUUGAGAUGAGGUGCUAGAUGAAGUCGAAAAAGAAAUUGUUAUUUAUUUAAUUAUUUUUUAACCAUUUUGAUUUACUCGUUGGGGAAUUGUCAGUUGCUUUUU